GGCGUAGUUUCGGGAUCCGCGUUACAUUGGGAUGACUUCAUUUGAUUCAAGUGGCUACUGUAUGUUUGUAAAGAUAAUUGAGUAUAUAUAUCCAGCGUAUGAAUUAUACACCUGCAAGGCAUACAAUUCAACAUUGACUUCGGGAUGUCUAGUAAUACAUUGCUAAAAGCUCAAAAAAGUGGUGAUCUGAUAAUUGGAGCUGAUAGUGUACGUGCUUGCUUCAUCAUAUUUAUCUGCUAUUGUCCAGUAGGUGUACCUUUUUUGUCAAAGCAUAUUGUACAUUUUUAAGUGUCACAACCCAGCUGCAAACACUGAGUGCAUUUUGACAUUUUUGAAUAAUUCCCGAAACCAACUUCAGGCGUAGCUUGAAAUUCUUGGGCACGUCUCCAAAAUGAAGUGUACUUAUUAGGAUCACAGUCUUCAGGAAGCUAACAAACAGUUGCAGAUCUCGUAUUCUACUACAGCAUCCACGCAUGCAAAUUGUAUCCCCGUACACUAUUUACUGCCUGUCAUGAUGCUUUUUUUUCGGAACUUUGGGUGCACUGCAGAAAAUUCGGCAAAUAUGGGUGCAAAGCAAACAAUUUGGGUGCAUUUUGACAAUCUUGGCAACUUCAGGAGAAAUUUUUGACAAUUUAGGGAACGAGGAUGCAUUGUCUUCAGUCAGCUCAAGGUUUUUCUGCUGUUUUUCCCCAGAAAUACCAAAGUGUUUGCCGGCUGGCAAGGUGUAGGGUUAUUACUUGGUCACGCAAAUGAAAAAGAAAUGGCGAAGUAAAAACGGUUACAAAGUUGUGUUGUAAUCCUCAGUCUGAAAUGCUUCUACUCAUGUUGCUAUAUGGUAAUAUUUUACGACCAAAUGUCUUGUACUUAGGACAGUAUGUUGACAUUUCCGCAAGUCAUGUGUCAUGCUCUUGUUUAUUUUCAGGAUAAUGCUUUCUGUUAAUUACCUCAUGUACUGUUAUGAGUCGUUUCAACCUAAAGUUACACCCUUUUGUCCGAAAUUCUACGUUAACUUGUCUCUGUUACAGGUUAUAAGGUCUUCUUUUCAGCUAGUGUGCUUGCCAGCGCUGCAGUAUUGCUAGCAUUUUAUAUUUGUUCUGAGUUCAUGCGUAAAAAACCACUCAACUUCUUCCUAUUUGUAAUUUCCUGGUGAAGCUAACUCAUCCUACUUUGCAUUUUGGUUUUUACAGAUGAACCAUGUAUAUUCUGAUAAUUUGAAAACUAAUGAUCCAGGUGCUAGUGAUGAAUUUAGUUCCAGAGUUACCAUCCCUCCCAGUCAUAGGUUAGAAUCCGAGCACUUCGAGGAUGAACCCCCUAGUCCUCUAUCACUUCAACAAGAUGGUGUAUUUUCCCUAGUUCAAAGUCCACCCUUUGAAAAUGAUCAAGUGGAUCUCAUCUCACCUGAAAAUAUAACCUCGGAAUUAUCUGUUGACUCAAAAAACCAAACACUAGCAAGUCUCUCCGAGGCUGGUUCCGCUAUUACUGACCAAACAACAGAACCUAUCUGCAAUACAGUUGUUCGGACUUCUGAUCUACACAAUAUGAGUCGGUCAGAACAGGCGAAUUCAAUCUCCAGCGAUAUACCUACUUUACCUUGUCCAGGAACUCGCACAAGUUCUCAGAAAACCACCACAAAAUGUAUGAUAAAUGCAGAAAUUUCCAAACCUGAUGUUCCCUUGACAGUUACACAAACAAAUUUGUCAGUUAUUGCCUCCAGGAAAAGUGUUAAAGAGCUCUAUGGACAACCAAGUUGGUGGGGAGAUGGCGAUAAUGACUAUUCUUAUCCACAUACUUCAUCUUUUGGAAACCAAGAUACAGUAAAACCUGCUAUCGCUUUCCGAAAACGCAGUGAGGAAACUGAAGUAAACUCGACGUCUAACAAAACGUCUACCCGACCUGCUGCUGAGGCCUUCGUUAUAGAAUUUGGUGCUUCCAAGCCUCGUUCAGAACGGCCUGCGUCGUUGUCCGGAAGCCUCAGUCAAUGUAUUCCUCCCAAACUUCGUCAAGGCUUGGAUGAAAGAGAAAGAAAGAAACGAGAGAAACAGAUGGAGUUUCGGAGACAAUCAUCAUCUGGGACAAUGAAUAAGACCACAGUCACUACUUCGAUAGUAAAAUGUAAACCGACAACAACAGUAAGCAAGACUACAGUGAAUAAUGUAAAUGCAGUUCAAAAAACCAGUCAUCGUGGAGCAUUAUCGUCUGCCAAAAGCGCCACAGCACGUACCUCUACUACUACAAAAACAACUACAAAUGUCACUGUUACCACCACUCCUUCACAACCAACUAUAACUCCUAAUAAGUAUACUCGAAUACCUGGAACAACAGUAGAAAAAAGGAACUGCAAUAAACCUACGCCACUAUUACGAAUAGGAAGAAUGGAUUCCAAGUCUAAUCUCACCGCUAGUAGUAAUAAUGCUUCAAAAUCCAAUCUUACUGAUCGUUCUGCGGGAAGAGUCUCUAAUCAAAAUAGUUUCAAAGAACGUACGCAAAUGAAUAGAACAAAUGUUAGGCCUCCGUUUUCAGCUGGUGGACGUCGAAUUUCAACUGGUGCUACCUCUCUCGCGAGUCAACAUACAGCUCCUAGCCAAUUAAAUAACAGUCGAUCCAAAACUUCACUAACAACUCGUGGUUCAACUGCCCCAGUGUCAAAUAGAUGUCUAGCCAGUUCCCGUUCUAAUCAACGUGGUUCAUCAUCAUCUGCAACUAGACAAACAAUUACAAGGGGGCUUGGUACAACUCGUGGUUUUAUGACACCAACAACAAGUUCAGAUGCAAAACAAGUAAGGACUAGAGAGUCUAUUCGAUCAGUGCCAAAUGAAAGUCCUAUAUCUUCAUCCCCCAAGUGCAAUUCACGUCGGACAUAUGAAUCGCCUAUAGGAAAUAGUGCUAAAAAGCCUAUCACAAGUACAUUUCUACGUCGUGGAACUGCUCAUGGUCGUCCUGGUAUCGGACAUAAACUAUCUACCGAUAACAUUAAUCAGUACUCUAGUUCGAAUAAAUCGUCAACUCGUAUUUCCGAUCUAACUGCAUCUGUAGUUGCUGCUAUCGAAGCUUACGAUGAUCCAAAAGCUUAUUUAUUCUAUCGAAUGUUCCAAGGUUCCGAAGAAAUUGAAGCCACUACUGAUGGUAUAUUUCAAGCAUUUUCAACGUACUCGCCAAACUUACCUGAGUUGAACUCAAGACCACUUUUGAACUUCGAAUCAACCAAUUAUGAAAUUGAUGAGCCAUUAGCUGCUUCUCAGACGAACUUAGCAGAUGAAUCAAAAGAGCAUUCAUCAGCUGCCUCUUCGAAUGUGCGAAAAAAGCGUUCUGAACCGGUUAUAUUACCAGAUAAUAAUGCAAAAUAUCGGCAAGGUACGACUGAUUACCGAACAGAUUCGACAACCGCCUCAAAGUCAUGGCAUAAGAGGAUACAAGAGAAUUCUCAGCUUUCUGAAUCUGAAGUCCAUAAAAACCAGAUAGCACCAAUUACUUCUACGACUUCAGGUCAUGUUCAGGGAGUUAUAGAAUCUUAUGUUUCAUCUGGUAAUAAAGUUCACGUUGAAGCAGUUGAUGGUGAUGUGGUAGAUCCAAUGAAUAUGUCGUUACUAGUCAGCACUUCAGUCACUAGUCUAACACCAAGUCAAACAGGAACUUAUGUUAUUGAUGUUGAUGAAAAUACUGGUGACCAGUGUCUAUCACAACAUUUGGAUGAAAAAGAUGUAAGUUUUCACAAGGAAUGCGAUCUGUCUACUCCUCGUGGAAGCCCUGUAAGAGAAGUUAAAGGUGAUGGACAAUUAAAACGCCCACCUGGAAGUAAUUUAUCAAACCAGCAAUCAAGAAAGCUUUCGUCUCAUGUAAAAGGUUUUAAAAACUCCAUGUCGUCUUCGGUUGAGCAAAUACAAACAUGUUUACCUUUGUCAACACUACAAAAUACACGAAAUAAAAGAUUGAACUCUGAUCACGAAGCUAUUCCGUCGUCAGAUUUGACUAAAUCUCAGAUAACUGAAAAAUCUGUACACCUUUUGCAGACUAGUUCAACUGUAUGUCUGAUUGAAAAGUUGGAUGAUAAUCAAGAUGAAAACGAUAUAUUGCAUGUAGCAGGUAGCUGGGAUGAUUCUGAUCUUCUCGGUGCUUCAUCGAUUAGCUUAACACCAAGUCAUACAGGUACUUAUGUUUUAGAUGUAGAUGAUACAUUAGCUGCUCAAGGUGUACUGCCUGUUGUUAUUCACAAUCAUGAAGCCCUGACUUCACUAGCCAGAUCUGGUUUGAAUACUACUACUCGUCCUGAGUCGAUAAGAAUCCAUGCCGCUGAAACUCUUACUCCUAGGGGCAGCCCUACUGCUACAGGGAAAUUGUGGGAUGUUGCAGAAACUGAAGAAGGUAAUGAAGAUUCAUUGUUGGUUGCAUCGAAUGAAGUAACAGGGAAUAUGUUUACACAGCUUGAUGAAAGGGUAAGAAAAUCCGAAAUAUUGGAUGAAUAUGAUAAGGAACUAGGUGCAAAAUUUACUAUCGAAUCUUUAAGAGCUGAGUUUGAAGAUACUUAUAAAUUACUUCCUUCACCUGUCCAACUACUUGGGGCCAGCGCUGUAGAUUCAUCAUUUUCGGAAUCAGAAUCACGAACAUCACAAAUGAAAUCUACUGUCUAUCCGAUACAUACGAUGUCCACUCGAUCAAUUCCACUAAUAAACACUUCAAAUACGCCUGUACAGUAUGUGGCAUGUGGUGUCAAAUCAACACCAACUAAUUUUAAUUUUGUUUCAUCAAGUUGUGUACAAAAUAAUGGUAUAAUCUAUUCACAGCAUAAUAACACUGUCUCGUGUACAAAUAAUGAUGGAAAAAAUUCAAAUAUUCGUGCUUACACAAAUGACAGCAGUUCACAUCAAACAUCUAUUGGUUUAAAAUUACCUGAUCGUUCUUCAUCGAACUCAUCUUCGAACACUCCGUCUACAUCCUCUUCAUAUUCUAAUAAUGCUUCCAAGUAUAGAACGAACUUAUCCAAUGCACUUGAUCUAAACAAACAGAAUAUUCAACGUUUUGUCUUUAUGCCCAAUUUAAACUGUAAUGAGGAAUCUCACUCCUUAUGUAGUUAUGCAAGACGAAGGAACUCUGAAUCCCAUGAAUAUUCAGAAUUGUUGCCUAAUAAUAUUGUGACUUCCACUGGUAAUCAGUUUUUGAACCUAUCAGCGAAUAUUGGGAACAGCCACAUUACCAUCAAGAGACGGGAUAAUCGAACAACUGAAGAUGUACAUCGCUUCACCGGUCAUACAGUAAUGACUACAGCAACGACUACGACAUCAAUUCGGCAUCCAGAUACAAUGAAUCAGUUAUUAGCACGUUUACAUUCAGUGCCUACUUCUUAUAAGUCGCGAUCGAAUGAAAUUCAAAAUAUGGUUCGCACUCACUCAUGCAAUCGUCGAAAAUCUCAGUAUUAUCCACAUGGAUCAGCAUCUGUACCGGACCCAGCUUCACCUGUUAGGUCUUGGUCAUCUAUGUCUUCGGGCACUGAGCAUAGUUUAACAAAUCGAAUUGUAUGUCGGACUCGAAAACAACUACGUGAUCAAACUGAUUCAGGUUUCAUUGAGACAAGUGAUGCAGUGAAAGCAGUGGUUUCAAACAAUGUGUUAUCGCAGAAUUCCAGUUCCAUAUUUUUGGGAAAGAAAUCUGAGAAUCUGACUAGUCCAAACAUCUACAAUCGAAAUACCCUGCCACAAUAUGAUGUAGAUGCUCAGUUCAAGAAAUCUAAUGAAAUAGACACACGUACAUAUACUCGUCGAAAGCAUUCACGCUCUGGUGAUCAAAAUGAUCAACAAAAAUGUUGGCCUUCCUUUGAUGCUGAAUCAUAUCAAGCCUGGGUAUCCCAAAUGUCUGAGCUUGCUCGCGGUCUUAAUAGUCUGGCUAGAGAACCGCUUUUUCAGUCAGAUGGAAGCUUUGAAGCAGAAACUAGGGAAGAAUGUGAAGAAAGUGGAUCGCACAUGGCUUCCAGAACCAUUACCCUGCCGUUAUUAAAUAACUCACAAACAAUUCCAACAUUACCAGAUAGCACUACAGGGCCUGGGGUCGCUGAGUUAGAGAGGUCUGCUUUUACUACACCCUUACCUCAUCGUUCAUUGGAAGCAAUGAUAGCUGCUUCGAAUUACAGAAAUCAAUCAGUUCACCAAACGCAAACUGUUUUAAAUCCUGAUGAAUCAAUGAAAGUUUACCUUCCUGUAAUAAAAACUGGAGUUGAUGAAAGAGUUCCACCUUUCAUUCCUUCACCUCAACCAUUCCCAUUAAGUCCGAAUUUCGAUCCAAAUAGCUCUGAUCCAAAUGAAUCCGCAGUAUACUACUCUAUGAUGGUUGAUACAAUACGAUAUCUGUCUAUAAAACUUCGUCAAUUCUCUGACAAAUUAGCUCAUCGAUUAAGCCAUAGUCAACAGCAGUCUACGGAUGGAAACAACACUGAAUUAAGCAGUCAACAACGAAGAGAUGAUAUGCAGUCGUCUACAAAAUAUGCUCUACACGACACUUUAGAAAAUAUGAAAGCUGUUAAUCAACAACUACAAGUGGUUGGCAAGUUGUUAUUUUCGAAUGAUCCUCACAGUGAACUGAAUAACCAAGUGGAUAGUGCCACUAGUUGUGAAUACUUGCAUAAAUUGGAACAGUUGAAUCAAGAACUGCACCGUUUUAUACCCAUUGAACCAGCAACUGUUCAUAAUAGUACGAUUGCUAAUGAAUUUGUUCAGCUGCCUUUUACCAAUGCCCAACCAGUAAUAAAGAUGACAGCAUCAAAGGAGCAACAAAGGUUUGGUACUGUUUCCACGAGUGUCAGCAGCAAUAAUUAUACUACUGAUACUGCUACUGCUGGUUCCACUUUUAACCCACAAUUCUCAAAUAGUACCAUCUUUACUACUAAUGGUCACCAGCCUAAUCUACAGACAAACUCGUCUGAUUUUAUGAAAAUGGAUCAGCCGUACCACUCCAGUACCAAUACAACUCCAAGCACUGGAAAAGGUCUUUUCCAUCAAACGAAACCGACUAGUCAACAUCAGCAUCGUUAUCAUACAGUAACAGUUCGUAAAAAUGAUAAUGUUGGUGACUUUGUUAAAGGGUUUCCCAACCCAUCUAAAGAUCAAAACAGUGCUGCUAUUAGUACUGCUGUAACUGCUCAUCAAACUGGUAUUCCACCUUGUUCUUCGUCGACUACCACUGCCUUUUCCAAACAGUUACUAAGUGAUAAUGUCGUAUAUUCAGCUGAUCUUCCUGGUGUAUCUUUUACUACAAUACUUGCUAGUUACAAUGAUAAUACAAAAAGUGAACAUGAACUACCAGAUGAUGAAUACUAUUAGGAGUAAUUUCUGCAGUAAAUAUAUUCCUACGAGAAGUUGUUUGUACUUACUUCUCAUUUGUGUUGUUUCUUUCCUUCCUGUUUCGCUUUUUUGCUUUUAUUUCAUCCUGGUCUUGUUUCAAAAUCUUAAAAUACAAUCACAACACAAAGAAUCCGGUGAAUAAUGUGCAAUAUCAUUACUAGUACCAUUAUCUUUCGUCAAUCAUAAUAUUAAUCGGAAAUUGGUUUGCUUUUAUGUGUAAUUUAUUUGUAUCAUUGUCUUUCUUAUUAUCUGCUUCUAUACUCCCCUGAUUGAGCAUUCACAUAGCGAAUACUCACAGACACAUAUGAAGUGUGCUUCGCUUAUUCUUCUACAUGAUUUAUUUCAAGCAUUGAUUUUUAUUUUGAUCGAAAAUAUUUUUUCUCAACAUUCGUACCAUCAUCUCAGUCCACUUUCCCUCGACUCCAUUCACCAUAUAAAGGAUAUUUUAAAGAUCACUGCUUUCUGAUAAUAUAUAUUUCCCAGGUUUUUUUUAAUUCUAAUUGUCGCAUAUUCUUUAGUGUAAAUCUUACUUACUUGGAUAUUGAUCUUUUGUUUUGGUAUUUGCAUUCUCUUUUCUCCUAUUUUCUAUAAGAAAGCAAAUACUACUUGAUUGAUUUGUAAUCAUUUAUUUAUUAUUAUUUUAUUUUCGCCUUGCUCUUUUAUUUUGCCCUUUCAUUUAUCCUGCAUACUUCGUGUGUGUGUGUGUGUGUGUGUCGUGUGUAUAUGAUGUACGUGUUGGAGUAAAUGUUAUGCAAUACCACCCAACUACAAUCACUGGUAGCACUGUUACCUUCGACUGGGGAAAAUUUGCCAUGUGAUUGAUAUGCGCAAUGUUUCUGAUUGUGGAUGGAACUUAUACACACCUAGCACAGCUUUCAUUUGUUGACUUCAAAAGAAUAACUACCUUACUUUAUCAAUGUUAUUGUUACCAUUGUCUCUAUGUUCACUUUUGUGACACAUAGUUAUUUCCUUUCGUCACUAUUUUUAAUUAUCUGUUUAGUUACUUGUUUACUAAUGUAGUGCAUUGUACAAAUUAUACGUGAUAUAUAUAUAUAUAUAUAUAUA